UAUGCAAUCUAUUUUUAAACGCCAGGAAUAAAUCAUAUUGAACUUCACUCAUUGUCUUUGCUUGAUGAAUAUUCCUGCCUUUAGAAAAGACACAUAAAUCUGAUUCUUGCCUUACGUCUACACAAAAGGAAAAUGUGCAAGAGGAAGAAGAUGAUACUGUUAGUUUUUAAUUGAGAAAACAAAACCUAGCCCACCACAGCCUACCGUUUCAGAAAGAGGAAGUAUGUACUUUGUUCUAGGAAAACAGUCGCUCACAGCUGUCUAAUGAGAAAGUCAGCACUUUAUCAUAGCUGUUCUUUUUGUAAAAGAUUAUUCUAUCUCAAUAAGAGAACAAAAGAAAAUUAAAAGAUCUGUGGUCUCAGUAUGAGCAAUCUAAUUUUAUACGUGUUUUUUCCUUGAAGAAACAUACAUCAUCUGUUGGCAUUUAUUGGAGUGGGUUUCUGCUAGAAGGUGACAUGGAAAUCAUACGCCAGAAUUUCUGGUUGUUCGUGGGAGCUGGUAUAUUUCUCACCACUUUAAUCAUGGGCCUCAUACUGUUUUGCAUAUGCAGCUCACAAAUAAGGAAAGGGAAAAAAAAAGAAAACACUGACUACAAAUCAAUUCAACAGCCAAAAACUACAGAAGAAUGGAAUAAUGAUCGUUUCUUUGUUGUGAACAGCAUCUACCAUAAUGAGAAAUUAGAAGACAUUCCACCACCUCUUCCAGAAAGGAACAUUGAAAAAGAAACAGGACCAGGUAGCCCUCAACCUCAGAACAUGAGCAAGCUCACAAGGGAAGAACCAGAUUUGGAACAGAUCCAGCGAUGGAAUAACAGUCUUUAUCAUUCAUCGGGUUCAGAAGAUCAAAUCAAGAAGAAAAUAAAGAAAGACUACAAAAACCCUGCAAAAUGCAGCAAGGCAGAGGAAAAAGAUAGCUAUAUUAUUGUUCUUCCUGAAAACGGACCACAAGAAGAAUAUGAUGAUGUGAUUGCACCUGGAUGGAUAAGUGAAGAUUAUGAUGAUAUUGAAAAUUCUAUACACAGCCAUUAAGAGUCAUGCAUGAGAUUUACUGGAUCUCAUAAAGUGGAGACAAUAGAGUUACAUCCUUCUCAGUAUGUUGUUUAGAGGCUGGUUCAUCUAUUUACAUUUCUGCAUGUGAAUUACAUGUUUAUUUGUUUCAGGGAACUAAAGUGAGCAGAUACUCUUUCAUUGAACAUGGAUCUUCAGUGCUGCUUUGGUUCACAACAAACAUGUUUGUUCCCUUGUCAAGUUGGCGUAGUCAGUAAGCUAUAGCAAUGAGGCACAGUUGAAUACUAGCAGUUUUUUUAGGAAUACAGGCAGCUUUAUCAGCCUAUGGCCUGGCUUGGAAGAAAUCUGCUACAAGAAUAAUUUUUCUUUUUCCAGUUGGGAAUGAAACUGACAAAAUGAGCUUGCUUUCAGUCUGCGAACAAACUGAGGCUAUUAUUCUUCAUUUCUACAGAUGACUAUACCUAUUUUGCUGCAUUUUAAACUGGAAUGUUUAAGAUAAGGAGAAAUAAACUACAGCUACUAUUGUAAAAAUUCCAUAGUUAAAGCUCAGUAAAGAUUCAUAUCAUAAACUUAAAGCAACUAAUGGCAUAACACACAGGUCUACUGCGCUACUGACUUUCAUGAAGUUUGCAUCUGACUUUGGGGCUGUUGUGCAUUCUUAUACUGUAUCAGCACACCUACCUACAGUUAUUAAUGCAUUUCUCAGGCUCACUAAGACAUUUGGUGAUUUAGUUAACAAUCAUUUUGCAAAAUGCUGCACUAUUCCCCACUGGAUCAUUAACCUGCAGUCCUCUUUGUACAGACAUAAGGAGCCAGGGAAUAGUAUGACAUUAGGAAGAUGAAAAACAGUAUCAUUGCUUUUCUAACAAUCUUUUUUAGUAUGUUUUUGUAAAGAAAAAAAAAUCUUUAGAGAUUUAGAAUAUACAUUACUAAAUGUCCAUUAGAUGUGUUUAAUGUAAAUUUGUUUGUUUCUGUAAAUAUAAUAUAUAUAGCAAUUUUUAAUGAGGUAAAUACUUAAUCUUCUCUUCAUUAAGACUAGACUGUAUAUUAUGACCAAUACCGUGGGACUAUUACAAAGAUAUCAUAAUCAUACAUUUCUUUAUUCACUGUGUUAACACAAUUCACACUUAUUCAUGAGAGUCCUUUCAAGCUUUCUGUUCCAUCUAACUCAUGUCAUCUUGAAAAAAAUUAAAACCAAAUAAACAUUUCAACAGCUCAAGUUUCUUGUAUCCUACAACUUGCUCUAAAACUAAAAUGUUCAUUACAUAAAGAUAAGGGAAUGUUAAUGCUGUAUGAUAGAAUAUUUCCUUGUAAGCUAUUGAAAAAGGUAGGAAUUUUGGAAAGAAAUGACAAAAGUGUUGAGGUGUAUGAAAAUGCAUGACUGAAUCCUUGCAAACAAUCAUAGAAACAUUAAGAUGUUAGAUGUAAUGGAUAACACCAUUAGCAAUCACCUACAUACAUAUCUAGUUUGGAGUCAAUCAAGAAUCAGUAAGAAGCAGAGAUACUGCUUUUCCAAGAAUAAAAGGAAAUUCAACUUACAGGUAUUCAACUCUGCUGUAAAAUCCAAUGAUUUUUGUUUCUUCUUUUUAGGUCUGUCUUGCAUGAGACUGUUGCCUACUUCCAUUCAAUUUUCCUUAGAAUUUAAAUGAACUCCCCCUACUACAUAAGAACUGGAUCAGGUCAUUCAAUUUUCACCGGAUUUCCCCUAAUAUUAAUUAUCUAUGGUUUGUUGGCUACAAAACUAGGACAGAUUCUAAUCAUAUGAAAUUUACAUCGGUACGUAGUUGAGUAAACUAUGGCGUAGUGUCUAACAAAAAAGGCUUUUUUUCAUGAUCUUCAAAACCUGUCCAAUAAAAGCCUUCAAACACUCGAGUAAUGUAAUACACGUCUUCUUCCCCAGGCUAUUUUAAAAUGUCCUCACUCUUUCUACACCUUGAAGACAAAAGAUACUGCAGAACAUUAUAACAACUUCUAUGACUCUAUCCAGGGAAUGGUCUACAAACAUGCAAAAACUGACACUGCUGUCCUAUAACACCUAAGCAGUGUACCUUUCAUUCUGCUCACAUUUCCCGUUGGCUGGUAUUAGUAUAACACCCACGUUUGUGUAUUUACUCUCCUUAUACUCCCUGUGGGCUGUCAUUAGUGAUGCAUAACACAUGAUAGUAUAACACCCACGUUUAUAUAUUUACUCUCAUACUCUCUGUGGGCUAUAAUUAGUGAUGCAUAAUACAUGAGCUUAUAUCACCCGCAUUUGUAUAUUUACUCUCCUUAUACUCCCUGUGGGUAUAAUUAGUGAUGCAUAAUACAUGAGCUUAUAAUACCCGCAUUUGUAUAUUUACUCUCCUUAUACUCCCUGUGGGUAUAAUUAGUGAUGCAUAAUACAUGAGUUUAUAACACCUGCAUUUGUAUAUUCAUUCUUUUUAUACUCCCUGUGGGCUAUAAUUAGUGAUGCAUAACACAUGACCUGUAUAUCUUUGAGUCUCCUUACCUUCCAUUAGGCUGAUGUUACUAUAACAUUUCAGCUGUAUAUCACUGCCCUCCUUGCAAUCCCUGCGUGCUGACAUUAAUGCCACCCAGCAUUUCUGUUGUGUACCUUUUACUCUCCUUAUAAUUCCUGAUGGAUGAUAUUUCUGUUCCACAACACCUGAGCAGUGUAACUACUUUUUCAGUCCAUGUAGGCCUAGACAAGUACUUGAAAGAGUUAAACCCCAUAUCUACAGCUUUGGUUAAUCUACCACCACAAUAAAUGAAGACUGCUACUAGCUCUUUCUCUUAUCUCGUUUCUUAUACUUAUCAAUAUUUAUAUCAAGUGAUGUAUUUUCCCUAUUUGGGAAAAUGCUCUCAUUCUAUCGAUGUAUGAGGGCAGGCCUUCAGUCACACUAACUACAGGCUAAUUGAAGCAUUAACCCCCACUUUCAAGAGUACUAAAAUGUGUGCUCCAACAGCUCCUUCAAAAUUGAAAUGGCUCAAUAUAUCAUGCCAAACACUGAUACCGACUUCAAGACUUGUCAUGGCAACAAAAAUGCCCUCUUGGAUCAGGAAGAAUAUUUAUCUUACCAAUUAGACAACAAAAAAUGAAUUGAUGCUAUCUUUCUAUUUUUUUCCAAAGCCUUUGACACUAUCAUUCCAAGUUUUUGGAGGUACUGAGUUCUCUUAAUUUCACCCUUAGCACCGCCAAGUGAUUCUCAAACUAUCAUAAAAGUUAAGUAGGGGCUGUAAGGUAGAAAGUGAAAACUUUCACAUUUAAUUUAUGCUAGUACUUGAAAAUCCAAAGGACAAGUGUUAGGACCACCUCUCUUCACUAUCUGUGAAUGGAAUGAUCAAACAUUGUAAAGACAAUUGAGAAAGCUGCUAGGUAAGAUCACUUUUGAUUUCAUGGUUUACAGUUUGCAUCAUUAUUUAAUUCUCUUCUUGUUUGCACUUGUUUUACUGCAGCACUAUUUUACUUUCAUUGUUUUCUUGAAAGUUUAAAAGUUUUAGACUAGGGCCAAGAAGCAAAUUUUGUGUUGAAUUCUAAGAGUACAAAAUGAUUAACUCUCUGAACUGUUAGAGAAACUGAAAAAAAACAUUUUAUUUAAAAUGAGAACAAGACAUGUUUUAUUUUGAAAGCUGCAAGGUAAAAUUGCUGUGACUAUUUUUUUAAUUCUUUGUUUUUUAUUUUGUAUACUUACUUUAUUUUCUUCUAUUUCAAUCUUGUUUUAUUACAGCAUUGUUUAAACUUAAUUUUAUUUUCUUGGAGUUUUAAAAGUUAGGGCUAUAAUCAAACAUUUUGUGCUGCCUUCUUUGACUCCAAAAGACUUAACUAUAGAAUUCUGGGAUGAGCUGAGAAAUCACAUUUUUACUUAAGCUAAGAAAAACAGGCUGGGCUUUAAUUAAGAGUUGCCAGGUUAGACUGAUCUAUGCUUAUUUUUUAUUUUUUAGUUUAUGGUUUCUGUGACAAAAGGAGGUA